AUGACGGAUUUUCACCUGACGGCUUUGCUCCUCUGGCUCGGUGACGCUUUUCUGAUCAUCGCCAUAGUCGCCGUCUGCUGCUGCUACUACGGUCGGCGACGCCGGGACUGGGAGGAGGUCAACGACGACCGGCGGCAUCAAGAGGCAGCGGCAGCAUCCCACGCGCAACCGGCGCCGACGGCGGCCGCGGUGCAGAUGGCGGCCAUGGCUGUGGCCCUGCUGGACCACGUCACGCACCCACGCCAGAACGUCGGCGAUGCCGGCGGCGGCGGUGGCGGCGAUGAUCAUCCGGCGGCGGCGGAGGAGUGCGCGAUCUGCUUGGGCCAGUUCGAGGACGGCGACCGGUGCAGCGUCAUGCCCGGCUGCCGCCACGAGUUCCACAUGAGCUGCAUUGCCAAGUGGCUCAUGGCGUGUAACAACACCUGCCCGUUGUGUAGGGCUCAGCUGCAAUGGGACGAUGUUGCUCAUGACAUGGUGUAG